AUGGAGGAGCAAAAUAAAUUCAAAGAGCUGCCCAUCGAGCCGCGAGGCAUCUUCUGGCAAGAUGACUUCGUCACCGCCGAGCACGAGCAGCGUCUCAUCUCGAUCUUCCUCAACGACCUAAAAUGGCCAGAUCGCUCUGGCCGCAUAUCACUCCAUUACGGCUACACAUUCGACUAUAAAACAUUUGGCAUAGAUCCAGAUAUCCCAUACAAGGAGUUUCCCGAAUGGCUUCAGCCGCUUAUUCCGACUACUGAAGAUAGACCGCCCGACCAGGUCUGUCUGCAGUAUUAUCCGCCUGGCAGUGGUAUUCCGCCGCAUGUAGACGCGCAUGGGCCUUAUGAUCAGCUCUACGCGUUGUCCUUUGGUGCACCGGUCAUCAUGCAGUUCCGAAAGGGUGAGCAGCGGGUGGAUGUUGAUUUGACUCCACGGGCUAUGAUGCAAAUGACCGGUGACUCGAGACUGCAUUGGACUCAUGGGAUUAAAAAGCGCAAGAACGAUAUCCUUGAGGACGGAACGCUGAGACCGCGAGGCGACCGAUGGAGCAUCACAUACCGUUGGGUCAGGAAGAGUGGUGAAUGUGAAUGUGGAAAUAUCGAGCUUUGUGAUACAGCUCAGCGACGGAAUGGAAUCGAAAAAGAGAAGAGGUCAUUAAAAGAGUUAGCAGAGAAAGCUAGCGCUGAUAACGCUGUCGCUUAG